CCUGCUGAUUUUGUGGCCUCUAAGCUCCCUUUGGAGCAGAGAAGCUACAGCCCUAGAAGAAAGGAGGGAGUUUGCCCCUCUGCUACCAAGUUAGGAGAAUUUUGGAGAAAAAUGGGGAAGAUUUUAGGAUCGAUCUCCACCAAGAGAAGUGCCAAGGAACUCAGGGCUUGGGGGUUCAUCCUGGGACACACAAAUUAAUCUUCUCCUUCCAUGGAGAGGUCCAUCCUGUCCUAAUAGACCCUCUAAACUCACCAACUUAGAGAGAAACGCUGAAUCCCUUCUGCCAGCCAAAAAAAACAGGGGAUCAGCUCACCUCAGAGUCACAGGGGCAAGGGCAGAGGGAGCACCUCUGUGCACACACAAAAGAGAAGGGAAUCACUAAAUUUCAAUUCCUCCUCAAACAAUUUCUCCCCAAGACUACCUAUCACAGAAUGCUUAAGGUUCACCCCACUCUCAAACAUAUCUCAGGGGGCUUUUUAUUUCACUCCAGCCACUCUUCACUACAACCAGAGCCACACCCUGGAAUGAAAGCACCUUUCCAUGUACCAAAUCUGUAGAGAGGCUGACCUUGCCUGAUUGCUUUAUGUGAGCAAGAUUUCCCUCUCAAGAGCAAUACAGUCCUACCUAGAUUUUACCAAGAAGUGGAUGGAAAAGCUCCCAGACUCUACCUGGGCCAGUCCCUCCAGCUCCUCUGUGUCAGAGUCCUCACAGCCUUGUGCUACAAGAGGAAAAAGAAAGAAAAAACAAGUACUAAUUAAUUCUUAUAAUUAAUUGAUUAAUAUUAAUUGUUUCCCAGUCUCAGCCCAUCUGGGUGGGAGUUUGGAUCUCCCAGAAGCUUAUUCCAAACUUUACAGAUCUUUUGUUUAUUCUCUCCAAUUCUGCAACAAUUUGUGUGACCAUUCAAGGAGCCUGUAACUCUCAGAGCCCAAAAACAAAAGGAAGAGGUCGGACUCAUCAACUGAAAAUCAAACAGCUCUGAAUUUCAGAGCAGGUCUGAGCUUGCUCUUCAUUUCCACCUAAUCGUUACGGCAGCAAAGGGAAAGAAGAAAACCUGAACUCAGGGCUGGAGAAGCUGUGAAAGGUGAGGGUGGGAAUGGUUUGAGCACCUCUGGUCCCAGCAGCUCCUAGUACUGGUGGGGCAGGACAGAGACAUCAAACACCCACUUUAAUGCUGGUGUAUCUGGACAGGUUUUGGCAGAAGGGCCUUUCCCCUGUGCCCUGAAAUUACUCUGUCCACUGGGAAAUUUUUAAUGCCUAACCUGGGCUAAAAACCAAUCUCCUUUUCCCCUCCAUCCAGCUUCUGGAGAAGGAAGGAGUAGCUGCAAAGCAAGGAAGGGACAUCACCACACAAGUGGCCUUCACAGCACAGCACACAAGCUCCCAUCUCAGCACAUCUCCCCUUUAAGCCUCCCCUUUUAUCAAUGCAGCAAGUGACCCCUAGGCAGAUGAGCCAUGUCUGACAAGAAAGUCUCCAGGCCUUGCCAUCACUGCAAGAGCAGGUCAGCAUCAGCCCCAACAGACACCUCCAAGAUCCACUAUGAGAAGUUCUGGCUGUACCGUCACUGCUCUUCAGUACAGCAGAGGGACCGGCAAGCUCAGAAGGCUGGGCAACUCUUCUCAGGGCUGCUGGCCAUGAAUGUGGUGUUUCUGGGCAGUGCCUUCAUCAGCAGCAUGAUCUUUAACAAGGUGGCCAUCACUCUGGCAGACGUCUGGAUCCUGCUCUCCAUCCUCAAGGUCCUGUGCCUGUUCUGGAUUAUUUACUACCUGCUGGGCACCAGCCGGCAGCCACACGCGGUGCUCUACCGGGACUCCCACGCUGGAGCCAUCUGGAUUAGGGGGUCAGUGCUGCUGUUCGGCAGUUGCAGCAUCCUCCUGAAAGUGUUUCAGAUUGGCUACAGCACAAUCCUCAUCCACUGCAAAUCUAGGGUGGAAAUCGUGUUCCCCAGCAUUGGAAUCCUUUUUAUUUGCACUCAGGCUUACUUUCUGUGGCAUCACUCUAAGGACUGCAUUCAAGUCCAGCACAACUUCACCAGGUGUGGGCUGAUGCUGACCAUAGCCACCAACCUUCUCGUCUGGCUCCUGGCCGUGACCAACGACACCCUGCACAUGGAGAUCGAGUCUCAGCUGCGCGAGGUGGAGCAGCGAUUCGCAGGCAACGAGACUACCUCGUGCACAUGCCCAAACACGACCAUCUGCAAAGUCUUCCAGAAGGGCUACAUCCUGCUCUACCCCUUCAACACCGAGUACUGCCUGAUCUGCUGCUCCGUGCUCUAUGUCAUGUGGAAGAACGUGGGGAGACACAUCAGCCACCACCACAUCCCGCACACCAAGCCCAAAUUCAAGCUCCAGGGGGUGGUCUUUGGGCCACUGCUGGGCACCAGUGCUGUAAUCAUAGGGGCCUGUGUCUUCAUGAUGUACCAGAUCCAGGCCACCAGCUUGGUCCCCAGCCGCCAGGUCUUUGUGAUCUACUAUUCCUACUAUAUUGUGCUCCUGCCCCUGAUGAGUGUUGGCGCCGUGAUUGGGACAAUCAUCCAUGCCUUGGAAAAAAGGGAGCUGGACACGCUGAAGAACCCAACCCGCAGCCUGGACGUGGUCCUGCUGAUGGGGGCAGCCCUUGGCCAAAUUGGCAUGUCUUACUUCUCCAUUGUGGCCCUGGUGGCCACUGACCCCAGGGACCUGCUGAACAGCCUCAACUUGUCCUACUCUGUCCUCCUCAUCUUUCAGAACAUCACCCAAAAUGUUUUUGUCAUCGAUGGGCUCCACCGGCGGCGCGUUUACAGCCAGACACCUCCUGGCAAGAAGGAAGACACUAAAGAAGAGCAGAAUCAUGAAGCCCACAGCCAAAGACGAGUGAGCGUGCUGGAGCUGGGACAGGAGAUCCGGAAAGCUUCCUUGUCCUACAUCCAUACCUAUUCUCACCUGAGCUGGAAGAGAAGAGUCUUGAGGGAGAUCUCGUUCUUCUUGAUUUUGUGCAACAUCAUACUGUGGGUCAUGCCCACAUUUGGGGCUCACCCUAUCUUCGAGAAUGGAAUGGAAAGGUCAUUUUAUGGCUACUCCACCUGGUUUGUGAUCGUGAACUUCGGACUCCCCCUGGGUGUGUUUUACCGCAUGCACUCAGUCGGGGGGCUCCUGGAGCUCUAUGUAACAGCCUAA